UGUUGAAUGCAAAUGUUAUCGGUCUGUGUCUGUGACAGAUAUUCGUGACAGUGUGACUGAAGUCACAAUGUGAUUAAACCAAAUGAUUGACGUCAAUGUGAACACAACUUGUCAUUGCCACAAAGCGUCACAUGGUUCGCAAGAAGAAUAAAUACAAAGGACUGCCGCGCAUAAUCAAAAUAAUGAAUUAAAACCAACUUUCAAGAAUGGAUAGGUCAACCAAAAACCGUGCUCGCCGCGUCACCAUUCAGUGGCAUCCCGAAGCCAUCCACCAGCUGAUUGAGGCUGUCGAGGAGUCGGAAUGUCUCUGGAAUGUGGCGGACACAGACUAUAAAAAUCGCUACGCAAAGGAGGCGAGCUGGAACAGUAUAUCGGAGCAGCUAGGCGUCAGCAAUAGAGACGUGGUGGUCAAAUGGAAUAGCUUGCGUAACACAUAUCGAACUGCAUUAAAGACAAGUUUGACGAGAAGCCAGAGUGGCUCUGCAAAGAAGCCAACCUUUCCUUACUAUGAGUUAAUGUCAUUUCUCGAGCCCAUUAUGACAAUAGAAGACAAAGGAACACUUGUUCCAAAGAUUCAAAAUGACUCGUCGGAUUCGGACUCACGUGAUCCAAGCACAUAUCGCACGAUCCAAUCGAAGGAUCCAAUCCAAGAGGAGACUCUUUUCGAGACCUCCAGCUACUCAAGUAGAUUUGCUGAGGAAUCUGCUGAUAUUUUCAAUACUGCCAACAAUAUGUUGUCCACUAACAAAAACAAGCGUAAAUACCAACCAGAUGUGGACGCAUUUGGGGAGCUAAUUAAAGCUGAAAUGGAGCUGGUUGAAGAUCCCAAAAAGCGGCGGGCCAUACGUUUGAAAAUACUCCAAACAAUUGCCGAAGCAGAUAAUUAGUGGAAUUAUGUUUAGAGUAUAUGUAAAAGAAAAACAUUUAAUAUAAAGAACUUAUUUAUUUGUACAUA